UUGUGCGCACAGAUCUGGGAGAGCAUCUCCGCACCUGCUGCCGUCAGUUUACUCUUAAAAGUUACUUAGGUUUGCAGGUCAGAGCCCGGUUACGGAGCAGCGAUGACCCGCUGGAUCCGGUCCAUGACAGCGACCCGGAGGGCGACGCUUCUGCUGAUCCUGGGGGUUUUAUGGGACGUUACGGCGAAGGAUGUUUGCGUGUGUAAUGGGAAGCCCAGAUGUCACUGUGACCAAGUCAAAGGCAACAAGGGUGAGAAGGGAUACCCUGGUAUCGACGGCCCUCCUGGUUUGGUUGGUUUUCCAGGUAAAGAAGGCCACCCAGGGCCACCCGGCCUAAAGGGCCACAUCGGUCAGCCUGGAGAUCAAGGACCCAAAGGCAGCAGGGGAAUUAAUGGAGAUCCAGGACAUAUGGGGACUCCAGGACUGCCGGGUUUGCCAGGAGUACAGGGUGCCCCUGGAGAACCAGGCCAUCCCGGAUGUGACGGCAUGAAGGGGGAAAGAGGCCAUCCAGGACCUCAUGGGGAUCCUGGGCGUGACGGAGUGCCUGGUUGUCCAGGGCAACCGGGUCCCAAGGGGGACUCCAACUUAUCCUCCGUCGAAGAGAAAGGUCAGCGUGGUGCUCCAGGUAGUUAUGGUGCUAAGGGCCAAACAGGACCACCGGGGGCUCCUGGACCCCCUGGACCGUCAGGGCUGAUGGGCAUACCCGGAGCAGGGGGGCUGCCCGGUGCCCCAGGAGUAAAGGGUCUGGAAGGGAGAAGCUCGGGUAUCGCAGGACCUCCAGGCCAAAAGGGGGAACCAGGACCUCCAGGAAUUCCUGGGAGGAAAGGAAUGAAACUGUAUGCAACAGGCUUCAAAGACCUACAGGGGGACCCGGGUGAUAUAGGUGAAAAGGGCGAUCCAGGGUCACCUGGUCGUCCGGGAAACGCAGGACAUAAGGGCACAAAGGGGGACGAGGGGGAACCGGGACCUGAGGGAAAACCUGGGAAGGAUGGCAGCCUUGGAGACGUUGGCAAUCUGGGAAGCAGAGGAGAUUGUGGCUUUCAAGGAUUCCCAGGGGAAUCAGGCCUGAAGGGACAGAAAGGCAAUCAGGGCCCAAGAGGUGACCCUGGAGAUAAGGUAGUACUUGACAGAGCCCUCAAAGGACAGCCUGGAUUGCCUGGUGCACCAGGUCAGCAAGGCCUUCCUGGCCGCCCAGGUUGCACUGGCCCACCUGGAUCUCCAGGACUCCCAGGUCUGCGUUCUGUUCCAGGCCCUCCAGGUCCACCUGGGCCUCCAGGCAGGCUGGGCCCCAAUGGAGAUAAGGGUGAACCUGGUGUCCCCAUUCAAGGCACUCCAGGGAGAGAUGGAGAUCCAGGAGCACCUGGAGAACCAGGAGAUCCCGGCCAACCAGGGCUUGUUGAAUGUAUUGGCUUCCGGAACGGCCAAGAAGGACCCCCAGGGAUCAAGGGUUUGAUCGGCUUCCCAGGAAUGCCAGGAGACUCAGGAUCACCAGGACAGGUCGGUGAACCAUGCAGAUGUGAUUUAAAGACAACGAUAUUUGGCCUUCAGGGAAAUCCUGGCCCUGCUGGACUUCCAGGAAUGAACGGUCAUCUAGGACUAAAGGGAGAUAAAGGAGUUAAGGGACUCCCAGGGUCCCAUGGACUGCAGGGCCCGCAGGGGAUUAUGGGUUAUCCAGGCCCGCAGGGAUGUAAGGGAGAUGAUGACAUUGAACCUGGAUUUGGACUGAAAGGGGACAGAGGACUUCCAGGACCCCCAGGAACAUGUGGGCUACAUGGCAAAGAGGGGGUACCAGGUCAACCGGGGGGCAAGGGUCUACCAGGGCCCAAGGGUAACUUGUUGUUUUUGCAGGUCACAUGGCCGGGUCCAAAGGGGCAACAGGGCCUUCCAGGAAGGCCUGGCACUCAUGGACCAAUGGGAAAAGAAGGGGAUUUGGGUCCCCCAGGGGUUGGACCUCAAGGUUAUCCAGGGCAGAUUGGAAGUUCAGGGGUAGAUGGUCCUCCAGGACUACCUGGAGUGCCAGGAGUGAGAGGGGAACCAAACAGAAUUAACAUCAGCCAAGGAUAUCCAGGUCCUCCAGGCUUCAAAGGUCUACCUGGAACACCUGGUUUACCAGGAGCCCAAGGGCACUGGGGUCCCCCUGGAGAUCCAGGGCUACCUGGCACUAAGGGGGAAAAGGGAAGAAUGUUAUCAGUACAAUAUCCUGGGGUCCCAGGAGUAAAAGGUGAGGAAGGCACACCUGGUAAUGCAGGCAUUCCAGGAAUUGGCUUACUGGGACAACCAGGAGCUGCUGGUUUUCAAGGGCCUCCAGGGUCAAAGGGUGAUAUAGGGUAUGGACUCCCAGGUAGGCCAGGCCCCCAGGGACCAGCUGGCAGCAAUGGGGAUAUAGGGCCCCCAGGUGAUAUGGGCCUUCAGGGCUUGACUGGACCUGCUGGAGCCCCAGGACAUGCAAGAUCACAGGGGGUGAAAGGGGUGAAAGGCUCAGUUGGGCCACAGGGUGUACCAGGGCCUCCAGAGCAGGGUUGUCUACAAGGGAAGGAUGGUUCUUCAGGACUGAUGGGAAUGCCUGGCCACCCAGGUCAGAAAGGGUUGAAGGGGUUGAAAGGAGAUCCAGGUCCUUCUAGCACUACACAGCCAGGUCCCUUAGGGCCUGCUGGACCUCCAGGCCCCUCCAUACCCGGGAACCCAGGAACCCCAGGCUUGAAUGGGUCCAGAGGGCUUGACGGUCUACCUGGGACUGCAGGCUGCAGUGGAGAACCGGGUCCAGCGGGGACACCAAGCUAUGGGCCAGAUGGUCAACCUGGGUCUAAAGGAGCACAUGGGCCAAAAGGAUCUUCAGGCUUUAGUGGUCAUAAAGGUUCCAACGGUGCAGUUGGCCCAGAUGGGGAUCCUGGUUCUCCUGGACCCCCAGGUCGUCCAUCCACUGGGCCCCCAGGGGACGCUGGACCUCCAGGACCCGUGGAUGCUACUGGACCAAAGGGGGAUCCAGGAAUACCAGGGAUCCAAGGGCCCAAAGGAAAGGAUGGGGCCCCAGGAAGAGUGUCUCCAGGACUCAGAGGUGAUCCAGGUGCCAAAGGUGUUCCGGGAAGUCCAGGCAGUGUUGGUCUCUCUGGAGCUCCAGGCUAUAUGGGCGUACCAGGUCCACCAGGCAUGAAGGGGGGGACGGGGAACCCUGGAUAUCCUGGUCCAUCGGGGGAACCUGGCACAUCAGGUGCAAAAGGAGACAGAGGAGAACCUGGCUAUGCAAGACCUGGUCCAGCAGGACCACGUGGACCAAAGGGAGAGCCGGGACUCCCCAGUACCUCAAGAACCAAGGGGUCCAAGGGAAAUGCUGGGAGCCUGGGACCUCCUGGAGUUCCAGGGAGACCUGGAGAUGCAGGGAAUGUGGGACCAGCUGGAGAUAAAGGAUUGCCAGGCCUCCCUGGACAAAAUGGCUCAGAUGGUCCUACUGGUCCUACUGGUCUUCCAGGCCCUACAGGGCAAUAUGAAUCUUCAGGACAACCUGGCAUUCCUGGAGUCCCAGGCCCUCCUGGAAUGAAGGGAAGUCAGGGACGUGAUGGGGUACCAGGGCCACCGGGACCAAAAGGAGACACAGGCAGAGGUUUCUACGGUAUACGGAGGCUGGGGCCACCGGGAAAGCCAGGUGAACCAGGAGAACCAGGACCACCUGGUCCUCCGAGCUUUGGAUCUCCAGGCUGCCCUGGGGAUCCUGGGCCCCCGGGUCCAAAUGGACUACGUGGGCCACCAGGUUCCCCUGGGCCUGAUAGUAUCUGCAUCCCUGGAGGGAAAGGAGAACCAGGUCAAAAUGGCAGUCCUGGAAGGCCAGGUCCCUCAGGUCCUCGGGGGCCCCCAGGUCCACCAUUUCCUGGAAAUAAAGGAGACAAAGGGGACCCAGGACUUCUGGGUUCUAAGGGGCUUCCUGGGAGUCAGGGAGAUGCAGGUCAUCCAGGCAGACUGGGACCUCCGGGAUUCCCCGGGGAAAAGGGUUCAAGAGGUGAUCAAGGAUUUCCUGGCGCCCGCGGACCAGCCGGUGACGAUGGAGAGACAGGAACUUAUCCUGGUCCAAAAGGAGAGCCAGGGACAAAGGGUCCACCAGGACCGCCAGGCUCAGGUCCGUGCCACAAUGGGAUCAGAGGGGAUCCAGGGCCAUUGGGACGCCCUGGAGAUCCAGGACCUCUUGGUCUCCCAGGCUCACCGGGACCACCUGGACCUCCAGGUCAUCCUGGCCCCGAAGGCCCCCGUGGUUUCGGGGACCCAGGUCUGCCAGGCUUUGCUGGGCGUAAAGGAGAAGAGGGGCUUCCUGGACCACCAGGGCCACAAGGGUAUCCAGGGCCCCCAGGACAUAAGGGCAGGCCAGGCCCCCCUGGGGGUGGCAGUUUCAGUGCUACUGGUAACAGCUUCCUCUUCACAAGGCAUAGCCAGGGGCUGCAGAUACCAAGCUGCCCCUCAGGCACCACAGCCCUCAGUUCUGGGUACUCCCUGCUCUUCAUCAACGCCAAUGAGCAAGGCCACGGCCAAGAUCUGGGAACCAUGGGAAGCUGCCUUCCUCGUUUCUCCCCCAUGCCCUUCCUCUUCUGUGACAUAAACAAGACCUGUCAGUAUGCCUCCCGCAAUGACUACUCCUAUUGGCUGUCCACCGAUGAGGUCACGCCCAAAAACAGGGAGCCCAUUUCAGGCGACCUACUGACCAGAUUCAUUAGCAGGUGCUCAGUUUGUGAAUCCAGCACAUAUGUCAUGACCGUCCACAGCCAAAACACUUACGUCCCAGAUUGUCCACCCGGCUGGCUCUCCCUGUGGACUGGGUACUCCUUCGCCAUGCAAACUGCUGCAGGCGCAGAAGGUUCUGGCCAGCCUCUUGGCUCCGCUGGGUCCUGUCUGGAGCAAUUUCGUAGGGUCCCCUUCAUCGAAUGCCAUGGACGCGGGACCUGUGACUACGACACCGACUCCUCCAGCUAUUGGCUGGCCUCUCUUGGCCCCUCCCACAUGUUCAAAAAACCAGAGUCUCAGACACUUAAGGAGCCCUUCCUGAAGAACAUCAUUAGCCGCUGUAAUGUCUGCAGGAAACAGCCUGUUCAUCACCUUGUCACAUGAAGAGACUGAACCACUGAACAAGCCAAUCACAGAGAAGAUCCUACCGCGCUGAUAGAUACUGAUGGCCUACCUGAAUGAAUUAAAAAUAUGAUUUUACUAUUAAUUUUCACUUUAGUCAUUUUAUGCUAGUCACUACUGAAAACAUUUAUGAUUUAUUGAUUUAUUCAUAUUGAAAACUUUAUUUUGAUAUUCAAAAUAAAGCGGUUAAACUGAA